AUGGUGCGCCUUCGAAGAACCACGCGUUCUACGUCUGUAACUGCUGCAACAGAGGAGGAUGCUCCACGCCGCUCCACAAGGCCGCGUCGUCCGAGAGCCAAGACGCCAGUGUCUGACGCGUCUGGCGACGACUCAGAUCCCACGAGUCAUGCCGUCGAAGAGAGGCAGCCGCUGCUGCGUACGCGCAGAUCGGCACGUGUCUCUUCGACACGCAAUGUGCCCACGGCGCAGGAUGCCACGGACGAGCUACAGGACCCGCUCGACGAUGCUCAAGGAGCUGCAGCAGAGGCAGAGAAUGAAGACGAACGCAGUGUCGCAGAGGGUGCUGAUGCAGACGAACACAGCGGCAUGGAAGAAGACGAUAUGGUCGAGAUUGAAGGGCAAGUAUACCGGAUAGAGAAUGAUGGAUUGGUCUUGGACACAGAUCCCGCUGGCGAGAAGAAAGUCGACAAGAACGGGCGCUUGCUAGGCGGGCGCACAUAUCGCAUCGCUACGCUCUCGUCGCCGCAGCGCGACACGCCGGACCGCCUGUAUAUGUUAUCGAUUGACGUUGCACGUGGGCUUGGCUAUCGAGAUUCGGCAUACUUUUUCCGCAAAAAUCCGCUCUUCCACAAGAUCUUUCUCACGCCCGAGGAAAAGGAGCAGCUUGUCAACGAUGGCCGGCUGAACAGCACACUGCGUACACGAAAUGUCACUAUGGUGGCAGCACGCUCCGUCUUCCAGCUCAUGGGCGCGCGUGUCGUGGAGCGCGGGCGUUUGGUCACGGACGAUUACUACGAGGCACAGGCACGUGCGAGUGGGAAAAGAGAAGGCGCACCGGUAUCGCAGCCAUCGAUGCAGGAUAUUCUGCGGGCAGAGCGGCGCAGAGAAAGCGAUCGUGAGCGCGAGCGUGGGCGCAGGCGCCCUGAUGCCUCCACGCACACCACUGUCGAUCCUCAAGGCGAGGUCGUCACGACGACAUUUGGCGAUGCUGGACAUGCGCCAUUUGAUCGUCAUGGCCACACUGCACAGCGGCGGCAGUUCUUGUUGCGUGCCCAAAUCACGGAGGAAAACUGGCUCGCUGAGUACGCGCGCAGUGUGCGGGCAGCGAACGCCGAGCUCCUUGCCUCUCGUCGUUCGCGAUUGGUAGCAUUCCCUCGGCACCAGCACGAGGCUCGUUCGGCGUCACUGCUGGCCACUUCGGCUGUGGCAGCGGCGGAGACAGCAAUAGCGACGACAUCGUCGUCGUCGUCGUCGACCACAGCCACUGAGGUACGGCACGCCAUCGACAGCGAGCACCUCGUCUGCGACACACGUCCACCUUGGGAACGCGAGCUAACCCCCAUGGUCGAUGCAAGAGCGCGUGCUCAUGCGCGGCGCGAGCGCGAGCCCCCACUGGGUCUGUACGAUCCACACACACACAGCGCAUUGCUUCCCACUGAGGCACAGCCUCAGGCGGCGUCGUUCGCAAAGGUUGACGACAUACCCCGUGGUGUACCGCCAGCUGCGCGUCUCGCUGGCGUAUAUACGACAGAGACAUGCCUUAUGGCGCCGGUGUGA